AUCUUUCUUACUCCAGCUGUGGGUAGCUUCGCUACGGACAAAAACGCCCGACACAAAUGUCUCACUUUCUAACCGGAGUUUCGAUCUGAACGGAUCUGAGCUGCGGAGUUCGGGAGACCGACAACGUGGCUGACAGCGGAUGCCGCUCACAGUGCGGAAUUCUGCCCGGAGGAGGAAGAAAAACCCGGAUGAGAAGCUCCCGGAGCGACCCGGGGAGUCGACUUCUGCUCUGGUGAUGGCGCCCACGCGGAUGAAACUGCGUGUGCGUCGCCGUGAUGGUGCAGGUGCAGCGGGAGGAGGUCAGCCGGCGGAAGAGGAGAGGAGUCGAGAGAGCAGCAGUCGCAGCAGCAGCAGGAGGAAAAACACCAGCAACACGUCCACCCCUGCUGCCGCCACCUCCUCGCCUCCCACCUCCUCUGCCUCAGCCUCGGCGAGGGCGGUGGUGGCGGCAGAGGACGCGUCGCCUGACUCCAAGUGCCCCAUCUGUCUGGACCGCUUCAACAACCUGGCGUACCUGGACCGCUGCCUGCACCGCUUCUGCUUCCCCUGCAUCCAGGAGUGGUCGCACAACAAGGCCGAGUGUCCGCUCUGCAAGCAGCCCUUCGCCUCCAUCCUGCACUCGGUCCGUGCAGAGAACGACUUCAAGGAGUACACGCUGCGACCGGCGCCCGCCAACAGCAGUGUCGCCGCCACUGUGGCGAUGGUGGCGGCGAUGGCGUCGGCGGCAAGGAGCGACCACCAGAUGAGGUUGAUGCUACGGAGGCACAGGGUGGCAGACGGCGGAGAGACCACCACGAGGAGACGGAGGAGGGAGAGGGGAGGAAGAGGAGGAGGAAGCAGGAGGACGGGGGUGUGGGAGUGGUAUCUUGAUUCUCCUCCUCUUCCUCUCCCUCCUCUUACUCACCAUCCCGCCAUCUCUCCCGUGGUUGCGGAGGACAGUGGGGAGGGAGAAGACGUGGAGCAGCAGAGGAUGAGGGGGGGGGCAGAUGUGGCUGAGCGUGGGGUGAUAUUUGAGGGACUGACGGGGCUGGGGGGGGCAGUGGCAGCAGCCCCCAAUGACCGGGCCUCACGGCGGCUGAUGACCCGUCUGGCGGCAAGGCAGCGGUUGCAGCGAGAAGGCGGAACUGUGCGGCGACUGAGGGAGAGAGAGACUGUGGCCUUCCGCCGCGCCCUCUACCGCUGCGGCAUACGGGUCCGCGGCGUCGCCGGGGUCAGCGGUAACCAGGGGCAGCAGUGUGACAUCACAGCAGAGAGCUUCCGUCGUAACCCCGGCCACCUGAACAGACUCCGCCCCUGGCUGCGGCGGGAGCUCACCGUGCUGUACGGUGCACACGGCACGCUGGUCGACAUCGUCCAGCGCAUCAUCAUGGCGCAGCUGGCCCGCCACGGCCUGGAGGACACACCCACCAUCGAAGAAGAGCUGCGACCGUUCCUGUUGGCUCGUACCGACCACUUCCUGCACGAGCUGGUCAGCUUCGCCCGCUCGCCACUUAGUCUGGAAAAUUACGACCUGCAGGCGGUGUACGAGCCGCUGGCCGCCACCCUUGAGCUGGACAGGACCAGCAGCCCCUCCGACAGCAGCUCCGUCAUCGCCAUAUCAGAGGGGGAGGAAGAGGAGAGCCGGGCGGGAGGAAGGUCGGAGGAGAGGGCAGGGGGCGCUCACAACGAUGUCAUCCCAACAGGAAGCUGCCUUAGCCUGUCAGCCUGGGACGACGAAACACCGGGCCCCUCCUACUCCACCGCCGAGUCGUCGUGUUCGCUCGCCCCGCUGUCAUUCAGCCCCGCCCCACAGGGGACAGCCAACGAGGAGGGGGGAGAGAAGCGGGAAGAGGAGGCGGAGGACGAGUGUCUGAUCGUCGGGUACAAGAAGCCCAUCGCGGAGCGGACUCCUGAGCUGGUGCAGCUCUCCUCUGACACCGAGGAAGAGGAGGACAAGGAGAAAGGGGAGGAGAAGACGGGCGAGAAGCUUCCUCCCCUCCCUUCCACCACUCCUCCUCUUUCUUACCUACCCACAAUCCCUCCCUCCACAUCUCAUGCCUACCGCGAGGAGCAGGACAACAAGCCGAAGGAGAAAGAUGGCGAGGCGGGCGGGCGUCACUCACGUACACGCUUGUGGUCGGGCAGCUCUGGACGAAGCCUGGAGUCUGUGUGCACGCUCAGCCCGAAGGAGCAGCGGCGGGAAAGCUGGAGAGACAGGAAGCAGUCCGGCAGCGAGGUGGUGAGGGAGAAGAGGAGGAGGAAGAGGAGGAGGAGAGGGCGGGAGAGGAGCGGCACCCUGUUCAACCCAAACCGCUCCAUUUAUCCCGCAAUGAUGCGCCGCCGCUCCCACUCCCCCUCACCGUUUCAUACCAGCGUUGAGUCCGGUUCGCCGCUGCCGCCCAGCCCGCCCGACUCCAGCUGGGAGUACCACUGCUCCCCUCUCACCUCCUCUGUGUCCUCACCGUCCCGCUCCUCCUCCUCCUCCUCACCCCUCGGCUCCUCCCCGCAGCCGUCGUCGCCGCCACCGCAGACGCCGCCGACGCCCUCGCUCUCCCCAGGCAACGCCUACCACAGAGAAAAACCUGGCGGGAAGAGGAAGUACAAGAGCCGCCACCUGGACAGCAAUGACAAGGACCCCACCUGGAGGCCGAGCAGCAGCCUCCGCAGGGAGAAGAGGAGGGAGAGGGGGGAGAAGGAGAGGAGGAGGAGGAGGGGGAGAGAUGGAGGGAGGAGAAGAGAGAGGCCCAGGAGGGAGGCUCACAGGGAGAGCGCUAGUUAUUGUGGAGAGAGCAGCAGCAGCAGGAGGUGCAGAGACGACCGGAGUCCCAGCGUGGAAAUCAUCUACGAGGGCACCAUCGCCUCCCACGAAACACAACCUCCCACACGAAAACGCCGCAGGAAACACCACCGCAAAAUACAACACAGCAGUUCUCCGGUUAUCAUCACCCUUGACAGCGACAGCAGCCACGACGCCAACAAAAACAGUAACAGCAGCAGUCCGCUCAGCAGCCAGCAGACCGUUGAUUUCUCCGACCUUCCUCCUCUCCCAUUGGUGCAUUCUGCCGGUGUGGGUGGGGCCUUGGAUGCAGAAAUUGGCGAGCUUCCUGUUGACAUCCUAGAUCGAGGAUCUGACGGGUCGGAGACCGAGCCAGCUGGCCAGUCUGAGGCUGCAGGCCCCAUCGCCAUUGAUAACAGCGACAACAGCGAUCAUGAUGUGGACGUGGAAAACGUUGAAGAGAUUGGUUCACUGCUAGGGUGCGAUCACGGACCAAUCAGAAAGGCCGAUACAAAGGCAACCCCUGCUAAUAAUCCAAGAGAAGCAACUAGUGUCGACGGUGGCUCUCAACAAACGGGAGGCAACGAUUCUGCCCCCAGAAUGACGGAUUUUCGCAAAAGAAACUUUGAAGUCUCGACCUCUGACAGCUUUCUGCUCACAUCCAUCCCCAAUGACCUGAAGGGAAUCGCUGCACCUGGUUGUGACCUUUCUUUGAACUUUGAGCGCAGUUGCUCACCUGACACCAGAAGAAAGCGUUUUCGGGAUCCGUGUGAGGCCAGUUGGGCUCAUUCGUACCGGGGUGGCUGGUUGGCUGAGACGAGACAUCCCAGUUGCGAUUUGCCCGAGGAGCCACAGUCUAACGACGUCAGAGACCGAAACCUGGACUUGGACUUGCCGACAUGUCAUACCUCAAACCCCCUGCCGCCUCCUAUUCAGCAGCUGAAGGAGUGCAGAGUCAGAGAGGGGGGUGUGGACAUCCCUCCACGCUUGAAACAGGCCAGUCCUGUCCGGUCGUACAACAGAAACACGCCACCGCCGUUAAAACACAAAGAUGUCGGGAGUCCACACCUGUCACCCAUCUCCCCCGUUGACCUCCACGCACUUCACGCCUCUGUUGACUUCGACCCAGUUGGUGUAAAUACUCCCGUUGACCUCAAUUCAAAUCCCACCGUCUCCCAUGUUGACUCUCGUUUGGUUCCUGAGCUGCCCAGACAUAACCAGGCCAUCCCCCCCAUUUCAACGCUGAAGAAACAUUUCACGAGCGCUUUGGCAUUGAGAGGAGAGCUGCCCCCUACUGGCAGCAAUCCAGCCGUUGACAUGCAUUCUUCCUGUCUUUUAGCACCCGUCGACUCCCAUGCAGCUGCUCCCUCCGGAGUCAGAGCAUUCAACACCAGCAUCCAUUCCACAAGUCACAAGCCUCCCGUUGAGACCCAUUCAUCUUCUGGGUCCGGAAAGAGUUCCACAAGUGCUGAUUGCUUACCAGAUCUGGACUUCUUGAAUAGUUUUCAUUCUUCAAAGCUACAUUCCAGCCGUGAUAGCACAAAGGCAAUGCCUUCCUGUGGUCUUAGAUCUUCACCCAUUAAUUUGCAUCCUGUGAAUUCUUUAUCUCCCAUUGAUUUCCAUUCUGCCAAGACCGGCUGGUCCAAAGAGAAACCAGCCAACACCGACUCUACCUCCAGAGGUUGCAGGAAUACGACUUUAAUCCCGAAUUCCUGUCGGGUAGUACCCGUUGACCUCCAUCUUUCCAGCGGUGUCUCUGCAGGUAGUGGUGUUUUCUCAGGAGUCAAUUCUAACGACACAUCACCUGCUGUUUUGGUUUCAUCCCUUGAUUCCAGGACUCAAAAUCCCUCACCACCCACUGACUCCCACUCCUCCAAUAAAAGAGAGAACCUGUCGCAAAGGCUUGGAAUUAGCUCACUGCCGACAACAGCUCCCAGCGGCAGGUUGUCACCGAUUGACCUGGACCCUAGAAGUCCCAAAUCUACCGUUGACCUCCACUCUUCCGGUGUAGCUUCAGAAGGACUGACAGACAGCAAGGAGUCGUCAACGGUCAAUCGUCAGGAUAUAUCAGCUCUUGGUCACCCGCCACCCGUCAAUUUGCAUUGUACAAGUCCUUUGCCACCUGCUAACUUACAUUCUUCCUACUUUAGCACCACUGCCAUAGACGGACACUUCAACCACACAGCCUUACCAUCCUCUACCUUCAACACAUCACAUAGAAAGUGCAGUUCUCGAUCCCAAGCUACCGUCGAAUCCCGCUCAAAACAUCGCAACCACGUUGGUCCCAGCUCCGACCCACAGUUCCCCAACGACAACCGCUCAGCACAUGGUCUCCCCGUUGACGCUCAUUCAAAAAGCUCUCGGAGAGACUGUCAGCUCCACGCAGACAAUCACAUCACGUCUUCCCCCCAGUCUGUCGAGAACCAGUGGAACUCGGACUCCUUCAUUGAAGCCCAUUCGGACUCUCAGUCGGCCGUUGACGAACACUCAGCCAGCAGUGUUUGGACCACACACACACACCCCGCCACGUAGGACACACAAAUAAAGAGAGAUUUAAAUGUAUCGAAGACUUAAUGGAGAAAAUAUAAGGAAAGAAGUCUUGAUUUUUACCUCUGUUGCUAUUUUUGUUUCUAAGAUGUAUUGUGUUUAAAAUUUAACCCCUUUCUGCCCAUUUCAUCCCUGGGAUGAAGUUUGUACCACUGAAAGCAACGUAGCUGAAAUAAUUACUUUAAAAUGUGACUUGACGUUUGUUUUUUUUCUGGAGCUGGGACGAUGAGAAACUUGGAUGAAUCGUCAUAUUUGAUCGAAGUAUUGAUAUAAUUUUUAUAAUCACAGUUUGGCGUGUAAACAGCCCUUUGUUUGCAAUAAAGGGGAGGGAUAAAAAUUUAGUCUUUAUUACUAAACUACAAGAAAUUUCCUCAACACAAAUACAAAUGUAUUUGCCCUGACGCCAAAAAAAAAAAUUCAAUUAAUAAAUAAUUAUAAAUGUGAUUAUCAAGAAAGUAAUUUAUUGAGAGAGGAAAAAAAUGAACUGCCAAGUUAUUUUAUUUGUUGAUAUGUUGGUCCUCAUGAUAAUAAUUGUUGAUGACUUGAUGAUUGGUCCCAGCCCCAGUGGAAGGACAAGUCACAGGAAAGUAUUUGAGCCCACCGACGACAUCGGGUUGCCUCCUGCAUUUUUCAUCAGUGUCUCGGGAAACACUGAGCCCGCCUCCUGUCUGUCAAACGUAUAACGCUGUAAAAUGGGAAUUUAAGGACGAGGGGGAAAAGGUAACGUCACCAAUAUCUGCUAACAGGAUUUAAAAAUCAACAGAAAAGUUUGGACAGUGAUGGAGGAACACAGGAAAUAAACAUCACAUAGGAAUUAUCCUUCAAAAACGAGAGACGGCUGCAGUUUCAUCCCGGUCUGGUUGUCGUGUAAAUGAGUGAAUGUGUGUGUUUACAUGUUCUUUAGGAAAAACUCACCAGUUAAAGAAAACUGAAUAAAGGUUUGGUCAGAAAGUGA